AUGAAGGUUUUUCACUACUGUGAUGCGACAGUGAUAGCUGCUAAGGAGCCAUUCCAAGUGGAACUUGUUGAAGGGAAGAAGUAUUCUUGGUGCAAGUGUGGACUAAGUAAAAAACAGGUAACUUCAUAUGCUUAUAAGGAUGAGCUCACAGUAAAUUGGCCAGUGUAAAGAAUUUUAAAGCUGACGCUCGAAACUGCACCUUUAAAACUAUUUAUGGUGGCCGAUUUAUGAUAUCAGUUGAUAAUACUUAACAACCCUUUUUUACCCUCCUACUGACACAGCACCACAGUGUCAUUGGAAACUUACCCCCUUUAUUCAUUUGAGCUCACAGUAGAUUAUUAUAACCUGAAAGAAACACUGUUUUGUUGAUACUGGGAUGUGAUUUUCUAACUAAGGAUUGACAUGAAAAGAGUUACUUACUGUGGCUGACAAUUUGACAGCCUCAGGGGAAGGUUUCAUCAAAAUAAGAUUGUGAGUCAUGACUGGACAAUGGCACUACAUGAUCAAAGAAUUUCUGUGUAGAAUUACCAAAAGUAACACCUAUGUUGUCUUCUGGGAUGUAUUGUAAUAACCCUACAUAUUGAAUUUGGGGUAUUCUCAAAGAGGUAUCUCACUUUUGCUUGUGACUUUAAAGGGUGCAUUAUGAAGGGAAACCCAAAGAAAUACUCUAAGUUAUUGUUUGAGGGUGGGAAGCCUUUCACACCUUUUUUGUAACAGAGCAGUUCGAACAGAUGGAUGAAGCAAUUUUUGGAGGAGGUGCUAUUGCAAGACAAGACUAAAUAAUUGUUGCAAAAGAUCUUAUAAAAAUUAUUAAAAGAUUUUGGAAAGCUUUCGUCCAAAGGAAAAGUUAAAAUGGUUAAAAUGAGUCACCAAUGUACAUUUAUCACCAAAUGGUAGUGAAAGAUGCAGGGAGGAGAGGACUUCAGAGCCGGUUGAAGAUCUGCUUGGCCAUUUAUUAAAAAAAAAAAAAAUGAAAAAAAAAAAGAAAGCUUUUUUUCAAGUUCUCGUAUUCCUUGCAGCCAUUCUGUGAUGGAAGGCAUAAAGUGACCCAAAUCAAGCCAGUCCGGUUUGUGGCAGAAGUAACCAGCUCUGAGAUCUUCCUGUGCGGAUGCAAGCAGACAGGUUCGCCACCAUUUUGUGACGGAACUCAUGCCACAGAAAAAGUCCAGUGUGCAAAUUUAUGA